AUGAGCUUUGCUCGACGGUACGUUCUCGAGUACCUCCCCCUGUUUGCUUUAGACCUACUACAAAGACAUUACACUGUACACGGACGCAACCAGAACAACGAAGAAGGUCUCCCACCGCAGGGCAUAAUACCCAAAUCCGCUGGCCGAACACCGAUUGCCUGCAGCAACUGCGCGAAGACCAAAACAAAGUGUGAUAAGAAGUUUCCGUGCAGUAGGUGCGCGCAACGAAAUCUGAAAUGUACACUACGUCCGACUCGUAGGGCCUCGAAGAAUGUGACUAGGGUAAACAUACCGGUAGAGCGUGCCGGAAGCGGAAGUUCGAGUGACAGUGGUGGUAAUAUGGAGGUCCAGAGUGUUUCGCGAAACAACUCUCCAUCUCGAGAAGAUCAGAUCCAGGAGGAAACCGCAGAUUCUUCCUCUCCGCAGCAUCUCCAGCAACCUCAACCGACUCAACAACUCCAGAAUAGUCAGUCGCCAUCGCAAAGACACUCACAAUCGCCGUCAGUAACACACUCACGAAAUCCAUCUGGGACACAUGCCGUACAACUUCUCCAGAGCUCGGCUUCAGAAGGCAAACCCCUCCACGGGACGCUCUCGAGCGCACCCCCCUUCGUCGACCAUUCUCCCACGAAUGGUUUACCCCAUCCACCUCCCUCACUGUUGUCACCAUUACCCACACCUGUCCAUGGAAGCAGUGGGUUUAUUUCUUCGACGCCCAUGUCUGGCUACGAUGAGUUUGUGAGAACAGUGCGAGACCACUCCGACUCUAGCCCGCCGUUUCUCAUGGAUCCUUGGAAUGCUAUACCAAUUAGCGUAGACUUCGAUCAUAUGAGAAUUGAUCCGUCGCUAAUGAUGUCGAUGAACAUGGACAUCGGCAUGGGGUCUCACGCAGAUAGCCUUCUCGGCAUGAUUCCCGCAAUGUCCCCACCACAAGGAUAUGGACCGAUCCAGACGCCCCUCCAGACUCCUCGAAUGGACGAAUCUUUUUCGGAUCUCCAGCUCGGAAGCUCGGCGUCCAUGUUCUAUCCCUCGAAUAGACAUUCGUCGAUCGUAGACACGGGUAUUCCUGACCUUGGUGCUAUCAUUGCGGCUCAAGAUGGCUGGACGGUUUUUCGAUGUACACCAUCAAUCCCGUCGAACUCGUGUCCUCGUACCGCAAGACUGAACCUAGAGCGCUUAGAGCUUAGCCUGAAAAACCACGAGGGCUGGAGCAAUUGGUCGCCGUCCUGGGAUGAGACCGACUUUCAACAAGGAGGGCAAGUAGCGGUUGCGAAGUUGCAGGAAUGCACGCGUGACAAGCUCCUCGCAAUCACACAGGCUUUCCUGCACAAAGCCUUGGACAUCCAUAAAGAUGGCCAGAGCACGUCAUCCAGUAGCAGUGAAUCUCCAGAGUCGUCGGCAUCCGGGUCCAAUUUUGUCCUUCUUCCCCCAGCACGUGUUUUGGAACACUUUCUCAAAUCAUACGCCAACUCAUUUGAACGCUACUUCCCCACUUCUUCAAGGGGUAUCCUAGACGCCAAUGAACUGAUGCAAAACUACAAUGAGAAGGCAUCAAGCCUGCUGAUUCUCAUGAUGAUUGCACAGGGCGCCAUGUCGAUACCGUCAAUCGAGGCGAGGUUGUUGACUGGGGGAUUCACUGAAGCGUGCCGCAUCUCGUUGUUUGACCUAAUCGAGAAGAAUAUCAUCAUGGCCGGAGAUCCAAUAGUGCUACGAGCUGCUUUACUCUUCACUGUUCAGGCCGCAUGGAGUGGCGACAAGUGGCAGAUGGAUAUUUCGAUGGGCCAGCGAGGGAUGUAUUUUUCGAUGCUGCGCCACUCCGGUAUCCUAGAAUCUCGGCCGGUCAUAUCAUCGCAUAUGGGUGGAAACUCUACGACAGACUUGCUGUGGCGGGAUUGGCUGCAGCAGGAAAGUCGAAGUCGCCUCAUCUACUCCUGGGUUAUGGUCGACCAAGAUCUGUCUUUGUUCCACGACACAGCGCCUCUAUUCUCGGUGACAGAGUUUGGUUCUCCUAUGCCGGACUCAGAUAGACUCUGGCAUGCUCAAACGGCCUCAGAUUGGUCUGAGAUUUUCGACCAAGUGCAUGAGUUCUCCAAUGGGUACUCUUCGGUAGGGUCAGGGGCCAGGCCGCCGAGCUUGAGGAGUAUAUUCCGGCAUUUCCUUGACGAUGAUAUUGUCAUCCAGGACGUUCAGGACAUACAUCUUACACCCAUGCAUUUACGUUUGCUACUUCACCCAUUGCAGACUUUGGUGAGCCAAUAUUGCCAACUGCUCAGCUGCUUCUCGGAUAGUGUGGCGUCAAGGUCGCGGAACAGAGCUUUCACUGCGGCGUCGACUCGAGUGCGUCUAGAGGAGGUGCAGGCCCUGCUUGGACGUUGGUUCGAUCUGGCGCAACGAUACUUGAAGUCCAACCCUGUAUGCCCUAUGAUGCAAGCCACUCUUGUCAUGUUCCACCUCAUCAGCCUGAACGCCGUGACCGAUUUCCCUGAGAUCGAGAGGCUUGCACGACAGGAGGGCGUGGAUGGUUCGUAUCAACAGAUGCUCUGGAUCCAAAAGAAGUGCAUCUCCGACGCACAGGAAGCUGUUAUGCACGCCGGCCAAGUACUUCGUCUUACUAGAGAGAUGUCUCGGGGAAUCCGUCCGCCAUGGUGGGCUGGUGCCGUCUACCGGGCUGCACUUGUUCUUUGGACAGAGGCGUUGUCUCAUAAUGAACCAUCGAAUGCUAGCCAUCCGUCAGCGUAUCAGAAACACAAUACUGUGUUUGCAGUGGAUCGUCUCCCAGCCGAUCAUCCAACGAUUCUCAGAUACUUGACACGAAGGGAGGGUAACCCAACGUUGACAAAACUGGACGGAACGUCUGUAAGAUUGGACAGCGGGUUCACAGUCCUCUCACAUUGUGUCGAGAUCCUUGAUGAAGGCGUUGCCACCAGGUUCUCAGAUGGCAUUCGCAGCAAGCUGGAGAAGCUGGCGAGAGGUUGA